AUGCGUCAAUCUAUCACGGGGAAACCAUUUCUAUCUAUCUAUCUAUCUAUCUGUCUAUCUAUCUAUCUAUCUAUCUAUCUAUCUAUCUAUCUAUUUCAGUUCUACAUAUCUAUCUAUCUAUCUCAGUCUGUUUCUAUCUAUCUAUCUAUCUAUCUAUCUCAGUCUGUUUCUCUCUAUCUAUCUAUCUAUCUAUCUAUCUAUUUCAGUUCUACAUAUCUAUCUCAGUCUGUUUAUAUCUAUCUAUCUAUCUAUCUAUCUAUCUAUCUAUCUAUCUAUCUAUCUAUCUAUCUCAUUCUGUUCAUAUCUAUCUAUCUAUCUAUCUAUCUAUCUAUCUAUCUAUCUAUCUAUCUCAUUCUGUUUAUAUCUAUCUAUCUAUCUAUCUAUCUAUCUAUCUAUCUACACCAAUAUGGUCUAUCUAUCUAUCUAUCUAUCUAUCUAUCUAUCUAUCUAUCUAUCUAUCUAUAUAUAUAUAUAUAUGUUAUCAGCCCGAACGCGGGCCAGCUUCCGAAUGAAUCAUUAUUUUCAUUUUAUCAAGCCAUCACAUUUUCUCAAAGGAAAUAUGAUGCUACUUCUUUCAACCUGCAUUCUCGAUAA